AUGAAAAUGUCGUCCAAAGUUACUAGUGCCACCCUUUGCCUUGCACUCUUAUUCCUAUUCUUAACCUCCACGUAUGCUGGAAGACUUGGCCCUGCUUCUUCCUCUAUCACUUCAAUCAAAACUCAACAUGGGGCUUUUGAAGAGGAGAAGUUGGACGUGGAGGAAAGUUGUGAUGGUAUUUCAGAAGAAGAUUGUUUGAUGAGAAGAACACUUGUGGCUCACACGGAUUAUAUCUACACACAGAAGCACAAACCAUGA